AUCUCGAACAGCUUCAUCACUUAUAAUCCCCAGAAUCUGCAAUAAAUCGCAGUAAUUCACCAUGUCUUUUUGCAUUUUACUGUAAUUUCGAGACUCAUUUAACAAGCGCGCCCUCCGUGGCCCUUGCCAGAAAACGUGGAUCUAGUACUGUACUAUACUACAAUUAUUUACAGAUGCAAAAUUAUAAUUUACAAAUGCCCAAUCUUUGACUUCAUGUCGCUCUUUCGCUCCUUCUGUCCCCCCGGCUCAUACAGAUCGGCGACACUCGUCCGGCUUGAUUCAACCCCAUCAUCCGAGAUGCUUGUUCAUCAGAUGUGCCUGUCUUGUUCCUCAGGUCGGACGGGUUUGAGUUUGACAGACGUGAUGAUCCAGUGAUGUUCGAUUGGAGAGAAUAGGCGAGUGUCAGCUGGUCCGUCCGCCUAUUCUGCUGUCGGCGUUAGGGUGUUAAAACUAAAAGCCACGGGGUAGUGAGGGUUGUCCAUACCGCCUUAUGAUAAUCCGAGAAAUAAUUCAUGUGGAAUAGCUCGUUUCAGAGGGUAUCUUGGAAGCCGAAGCCCCCUCUGCACGCUAAUCUUGCAUCUUCGGCUGGCCCGUUUCUGAAUUUGUCGCCAAGAGGUAAUUAUAAUGCAUUGUACGCAUUAUAUAGCAAAGUAUAGCAGCCAGUUUAUUAACUGUAUGAAUUACGAUGCAUUGCCAUUCUUACGUAUAGAAGGGACCGUGUACCGUGGGAACCAUCGCAUAAUACUCACGUGAUAUUGAUGUUGGCUUUAAUUCGUCUGGAGAUACGGGGUGCCUCAUAGAACAAAUCAGCCGAAUGGUCAAACAAGUUGCCCCUGCACGGGUAGCACAAGGACCCGGGGAGGGCGGCGAGCUCGUAGCUCAAGGAUGACCGAUGGUUGCCUUCAGCCAAGGGAACUGAAGCGACCUUGGAGAGAAGACCCGACAUAGGCCCUCGGAGGUCUUGAGAGCAGUCAUAUCUCAGGGGGGAAAGCCCAACAAGGAGUCUGACAGCGGAAAAGCACGGCGUCAAACAGGCCAUGUCGGGGAACCAUGUUCCCCUGAUGUGCUACAGGCCUAAGUAAAGCUUAAGAUAUUGGCAUCCAGUCUGCGGACCUGCUCUACUGGCCCCGCAGGGCCCAUUCAGUAGUGGCCAUGGCGCUCAACAGUGGCUGUGGCUGCGGCUUGGACCUGUUAUGCGACCAUAUGGGGCAUUGGCAUUGCUUGGUGGAGACCAUCUCCUGGAUCAAUAAUAAUGGAAACGGCCAAGGUUUUCUCUCUGCGGUAGUCACCGAUGGGCUUCCAGAGGGAUUCUACAGGCUCUGCACUGUGAGCUCAUCCGCCAACCAUCAGCCUGUACUUAUGCCUGUAGCCAACGUGGUGCUCAAGAUGAUUGCACCAAGUUCCAGGUCAAGGCGGGUGGCAAUGGAAGCAACGCAAACCAAGGUGGAAACGGCGGCAAUGCCAACACCGGAGGCAAUGGAGGAAAUGGAAACCAAGGAGGUAACGCAAAUGGCAAUGGUGGGGCCGCUGAUACAACUUCCGCAGCUGACGCCGCUACUAUAACCGAUGCCGCCGCUGCCACGACUACCACAGCUACAGGCAAAGGUGGCAAAGGUGGCAAGAGCCGUGGAGGAAAGGGGAACCAAAGCGGGAACACCAAUGGUAACACGAAUGGUAACGGCAACGCGGUAGCUUCGUUAGUAGUCCACAACAAUAAGGCUGCCACUACCGCUGCUAAUGCCCCAGUCACCUCUAGCACCGCCAUCGCAAUGAACAACGGCGGUACGGAGUAAUCUCGGUGGAGCAGCGCCGCCGGUGCUUCACAGUGGUGACUCCAAGCGACCCUUCUGCGUCAAGGGUAACACCUUCACGGACAAAGCCACGGCCGUGGCGCGCUCAUGUAACAUCCAGUUCAACGUGUGCGCCGAUGCGAUGAACGGUGGGAAGCUGCCCGGGACCACAAUGUUGGACUGCAAUGCGCAGAAGCAAGCAUGCGGCAAGCAGGCAUAAUGAUUGGUUUGGAAUGGGGUGUCUGUAUUGGAGGUGAUGCCUCGUUGUCUGUUUGUUUCCAUUUCAGUAAGAUGACUCGGGGGGUUUUUUUGGGGGGAUUUUAUCAAUAUAUAUAUGGUGCCUAUGAUUAUAAGUUGCUAUAUGUGAUUCCUAUAGUCUUUAGACGCGAAGAGAAGGUGGGGUUAUCAUGACGUUUUUGUUGAUGGAAGGCCCGAAAUAUUGCGACCGCGCGCAAAUCGUGCGGUGUGUUUGGUGACCGGACCUUUGGGCUUUUGCGCAACGGGCAGGAAAACUCGACAAUACACUACAGUAUAUAGAAUGAAUAGAUCAAUUGAAUUACUACACGAC